AUGAAGAGAUUGAACCGAAACCAAAAUGCGCCCAGCGGCGGCGCGGGCCUGUCGAGUGCUGGAGGGCAGUCUCAGCGUACCAGCGGCUUCGCAUCAGCAUCGACCGGAAUUUCGACGGACGAUCGUUCUGAAACACGCCGAUUUACUUUUGUGCCAGAUAGAGACUUGUUUGUCUUUUGUCCGCGAAAUCUCCUUUGUUUCAGCCUUCUUUUACGGCUUCGGCUUGAAAACAUCGACUGCGUGCGCCCCGGCGAGCGUUCGUCCAUGGAUUGCAUCAACAAGUUCGCCUUUGAGAUUGGAACGCACUGGCGGACGAAACACGACAAAGCACGAAUCACCCACAUCUGCCAACGUAUGGCCUGGGGAAGAGAGAAGACCCCCAUCUUCUAUUUUAUUGACUACAGGCUCCGUCGCCGGAAGGGGUCAAUAGCUGACCGUCAGACAACCACAGCCUUUCAAGCUGUUGCUGGCCGGUUCUUCGAGGUCAAAAAUGACGGCUCGUGGGGAUAUAGCGCCGAGGACUCUUCAGACGAGAAUCAUGAGUCCACCUUUGAUUUCGUGACCCGCUUGAGGCGAACGGCUGAGGCUGUCUACGGCGAUGAGUGGUCUGAAGACGUCUCGCAGAAAAGCUUUAGGGUACUUUCCUAUGAGCCGGAUAGAAAGGAUGAGCCCUGUGCAACAGAGAAGCCCUCAUUGCCAGCAGCAGAUCUUGCUCACGUCAACGAGUGA